GUUGCUUUAGGUAGUGUUGUAUUGGUUGCUGAAAGUUUUAUCAAAAAAUAUACACGUAUUCCUGGCGUCAUCAUUAAAAUAGAAUAACGGUACCGGCGUUGAAGAGUUUUAGCCGAAUUAUUCUGUUAAAAAAUGAUUCCCAUACGAUAUACGCGUAACCUCUUUCUCAGAGCGAUUUGUGUAGUUUAUCUGUUCGCAUUUGCAUCUUUUUACAUUCAAAUACCAGGUCUUUAUGGUGAUAAUGGAGUAUUACCAGCUAGAGCUGUUUUGGACAACAGCAUGUACAAAACCUUCUCUGCAAGGGCUCAUUAUCAACCAACACUACUUUGGCUUGCACCAUAUCUUGGUUUAGAUACCAAUUAUGCUUUGGAUGUGUUAGCUUUGAUGGGAAUCUUCUUAGCUUUUACUGGGUUUAUAUCUCAGAAGAUGUGUACUAUUCCUUUAUAUGCUGCUUUGUGGUCUUUAUAUUUUUCAUUAUACCAAGUGGGACAAGUUUUUGUUACUUCACAAUGGGAUGAUUUAUUAUUAGAAACAGGUUUUCUAACACUAUUAGUAGCCCCUCUUUUGCCAGGAAAAAGGCGUGGAUCCAAGGGGACACCUAAGGAUAAAAUAAGUUUAUUCUUAAUAAAAUGGCUUUUAUUUAGAUUUUUGGUAUCAAGUGGGUUAACAAAACUUCUUAGUGGUUGUCCAAAAUGGUUUGAUUUAACAGCUAUGAGUUAUUAUUUUGAAACAACUGUUUUACCAACACCUUUAUCAUGGUACGCUCACCAUCUACCAUUAUGGAUAUUAAAAUUGAUGACAAUUACCACUCAUGUAGUCGAAAUAGUGAUACCGUUCUUAUUUUUUGUACCUAUAAGAAGUACAAGAUUAUCAGCGUUCGUUAUUCAGGUUCUGUUCCAAAUAGGUGUCUAUUUAACAGGAAACUUUAACUUUUUAAAUAUUUUAAUAACGACGCUUCUUGUGUCACUUCUCGACGAUCAAUUCUUCUUUGCGAAACCUCUAAAAAGUAACAAAAGUAAUGCAGUAAUGAAACUGUUAGGCACUGUAAUUAACAUCUUGAUUUUUGUCGCUUUAAUUGGUGCCGUCAUUGUACUCUUUAAUUUGAAGAUAAGCGGAAAUGAAAUUCAAUCAUCUGUUGGUUUUACUAGAGAUCAAUUCUCGAUGUUCGCCAAGUUAUCAAUUUUAUAUGGAAUAUACAUAGCGUUAGCUACUUUGGGAAUCACAAUUGUGAAUGCUUUUGGUUCUGCUAUCGCCGAUCAUCAUGGAAUGGGGCAAAAGAUUAGUUCGAUACUUCAAACGGGAUUUUACGCAUCAUUGGCUAUUGUUUUGUUCAUGGGAUCAACUUAUCCUUUAUCGACUCUUCAUAGCUCUACAAAUUCCACGGUUAUGUCCAAUGUCAAAGUUAUUCAUAAUAGACUGAGUAAAUUACAUGUCGUAAAUAAUUAUGGACUUUUUAAACAAAUACCGAGUUUUGAGGGGCGAAAAGAAAUCGUUCUCGAAGGUGCUGAUCACAUUGAUGGCCCCUGGCACGAAUAUAACUUUUUAUACAAACCUGGAAACGUUAAUUAUUCUUUGCCGUUUGUGGCUCCUUAUUCGCCAAGAUUAGACUGGCAAAUGUGGUGGACCACUCAAUCAUCUCCUGAAAAAGAGCCUUGGUUACUUUCACUGGUUCAUCGUUUACUCUUAGGUAAACCGGAAGUGUUGAACCUUUUAGACAAAAAUCAUAUGCCGUAUGCGAUAUUUGGAAAACCACCCAAAUUUAUUAGAGGAGUGUUAUAUAGAUAUAAAUACACACCAUGGAAUGAAAGAUGGGGUCAAAGUUGGUGGAAACGUGAAAAGAUCGGUGAAUAUUUUCCAGCUCAUGCUAAAGAUUCAGCGUCUUUGUUAGAUACGUUAAAAGCGAGAAACAUGUUGCCAAAUCCAAUUAAACGAGAAGUCCAUCCACUUUGGCAACAAUCUCUUGAUAGCAUUAGAUAUGUAACAGGAUACAUGGAAGCUAGUUUAUUGAUGUGGUCUAUCUUUACCGCUGGAUGUGCUAUUAUCACCACUACAACUAGAAAUAAAUAAGUUUUGGUUAUUCAACGAAAAAUCUACUUGCAAGAUUUGAUGGAUGUCUUAGUCCUUGUUGUAUUUAAAAUCAAUCAGGAUUAAUAAAGACGUAAAAAUAGAGUUUUCA